AUGGCUGACUCUGGCGAUGGCGAUGAACGCACUCCUUACUCUGCUUACGCUAUCAGCAUCUACCAAAAUGGCAUCAUGUCUGGCCAGUUGCCCGUCGUGACGACGGAUCCCAACGGCCUGGAGGCCCAGGCCAAGAAGGCCCUGGGCCCCGAAUCAUUUGGCUAUGUCUUCGGAGGGGCCGGAGAGCUAUCUACGAUGGACGCCAACCGCCUGGCAUUCCGCCAGUGGAAGAUCGUGCCUCGCUUUCUGAGACCUAACAAUCCUCGGGAUUUGAGGACUGAGCUGUUCGGCGUGACUUAUGACAUUUACCUCAGAGUCUCCUGUCCUGAUGGCCCCAUCGGCGUCCAAGGCAUCUUCCACGCGGACAAGGAAACAGGUCUGGCGGCGGCUUGCGCGGAGCUCAGAGUUCCGUACACGCUCAGCACGGCGGCGACCUCGACGAUUGAAGAGGUUGCUGAGGUCUGCGGCGAUCAGCACCGCUGGUUCCAGCUGUACUGGCCGAUGGACGACGAGAUCACGGGUUCGAUCCUCCGCCGUGCCAAGGCAAACGGCUACAAGGUUCUCGUCGUGACCCUCGACACUGUCACCCUGGCCUGGCGGCCCGCCGACCUUGACCAGGCGUACCUGCCCAUGGUCACGGGCACGGGUAACGCGGUCGCCUUCAGUGACCCCGUCUUCCGCAAGAAGUUCGCCGAGCAGAACGACGGCGAUGCCAUCGAGGACAAUAUCAUCAGCGCCUCCCGGUACUGGAUCAGUGAGGCCUUCCCCGGCGAUCACCACAGAUGGGAGGACCUGGCCCUGCUGAAGAAGCAUUGGGACGGCCCCAUCGUCCUCAAGGGCGUGUUGAGCGUCGAGGACGCUAAGCUCGCUGUUGAGCACGGCAUGUCCGGCAUCAUCGUCAGCAACCACGGCGGCCGGCAGCUUGAUGGCAGCGUGGCCUCGCUAGAGAUGCUCCCGGAGAUCGUCGAAGCCGUGGGAGACAAGCUUACGGUCAUGUUUGACUCCGGGAUCCGGACGGGUGCUGACAUCGUCAAGGCGCUUGCUCUGGGGGCCAAGGCUGUUUUUGUUGGACGCCCCGCCAUCUACGGGCUGGGUAUCGCGGGCAAGGAGGGGGCUAAAGCUGUGAUUGCUGGGUUGCUUGCCGAUCUUGAUUUGACCAUGGGAUUAUCUGGCUUCAAGAAUAUCUCCGAACUGAAGCCAUCUAUUCUGCGCCAAGUUCGGUACGGCGGAGAUGUCAAGGCCAAUCUGUAA